AUGUUGAAUUACGUCGAAGUAGCAGCUAGCUGGCUCUUCUCCAACGCAAAAGGCCGCGACGCCAAAGCUUUCACCAAGGGCCCCGCGUUCACCUCACACCCAGAACCGACCAUCCCAAUCACCUCCCCAGACUGCGGUGCGGAUGGCGCGACUCUAUCGCCCGAUUACAUGUUUGGAGGAGAAGGCCGCUUCCCAGAGUUGAAGUGGGAGUCAGUCGAGGGCGUCAAGCAGUGGCUGUUGAUGUCGGAGGAUCCGGAUGCGCCGCUGCCAACACCAAUCUGCCAUGGGAUAUAUCUUGGUAUUGACAACGAAAAACUAUCCGUCACAAACACCGAUUUCAAGCAAGAAAGCGAAAAAUCCACCAAACUAAGCGGCGGCUUUUACUACGGCACCAACCGCCGCAACAGCAUCUACAUCCCCCCACGGCCUCUUCUCAAUCACGGCAUCCAUAGAUACUUCUUCGACAUCAUUGCUCUAAACGAGCCUCUGGAUGCGAACAUCAUCGCCUCAAAACCCACGAGGGACCAGAUUGCCAAGGAAAUCAACGGCAAGGUAAUAGCUUGGGGCCGUUGGACGGGACAAUGCGAGAGGAGAUGGAAAUAA